AUGCAGCACAAGUUUCUCCAUCUUCCAGAAGAUCUAAUCAGCGCCGUGAGGGUCCGGCCGGGCGGGGACGCCACGCUGCUGUGCUCCAACUUCUCCAGCAGGCCGACCCAGAUCGUGUGGUUCUGGGUGGGCAGGGCCCGGCCCGUCUGCCUGGCCUUCCUGUUCAGCGCCUCCUCGCCCGCCUCAGGCUGUGGCCUCACAGACCAGCGCCUGGACAUGAGCUCCAACGGCUCCACCCUCUUCCUGAGGAUCAGACGGGCCCGGGAGUCAGACUCCGGGCUCCACUUCUGUGGACAUUAUCUGAGCGAAUCCCCGGUCCGUCGGUCACGAAUUGAGAUCCGAAGAACUGACGGAUGA